AUGGCCAGCUCCGAGCACGCGCUCGAGGCUCUACCUCCUGGCUCCACCGACCCCUCUGCAAACCCACAUCGCCCACGCUUCUCCUGGUCCGUCUUCUGGUCGUACACUGGCCCCGGUUGGCUCAUGAGCAUGGCCUACUUGGACCCUGGAAACCUCGAAGCAGAUCUACAAAGUGGGGCCUACACACGCUACCAAUUGCUCUACGUUGUUCUACUCAGCGCCAUGUUCGGAGGCCUCUACCAGAUCUUAGCUGCCAGAUUGGGGGCCUGUACCGGUCGUCACUUGGCUCAAUUAUGUCGCUCCGAGUAUCCACCACUCGUCUCUUUCGGACUCUGGAUCAUGACGGAGCUCGCCAUCAUCGGCAGCGACAUCCAGGAGGUACUGGGAUCGGCUGUAGCCUUCAAGCUUCUAUUUGGGUUACCUCUAUGGCUCGGUUGUCUGCUUACAGGACUCGAUACCUUCACCUUCCUGGCCCUACACCGAGCGGGAGACUUCAAAACUCGAUAUAUCGAGAUGUUCUUCUUGCUGCUCAUCGCCACCAUGUGCGUCUGCUUCUUCGCCGACUUCACCAUGAGUGAUCCAGACGGAAUAGAGAUUAUAAAUGGGAUAGUAGAGCCCAGAAUGGACAAACAGAACACCAUGCAGGCGGUAGCGAUGCUGGGGGCCAUCAUCAUGCCACAUAAUAUUUUUCUUCACUCAGCAUUGGUCCAAGAGAGGACAAUUAAUACGAGAUCUCCGACAAAAGUAAAGGAAGCCAACUACUAUUUCGGAUUGGAAGCAGCAUGGCGCUGUUCCAGCUUCUUCAGCAGCCAGUGUUAUGCGCUCAGUAGUAAUCCUAUUUCGAGUUUGUAUGGGAGAGAUAUCCAGACGUCGUGUAUUCCAGCAAAGGCAGCGUUGAGCUCGGGGAGUACGAUUUACGAUGCUUUCACGGGCAAUGUCUGUGUGUUUGGUGGCGAGAGUGUGUUUAAAGGGGAUAUGACCGCGGAUAUUAUCAAUACAGUGACAAAAUGCACACCGUGUUACGUGGAUGGACGUGGAGAUAGGUUUGAUACGGUAUCGUUUGGGCUGGGGCCGACAGCUGGAUAUUGCCAAGAGAUUGGUCUAGCACAGGCUGGCGAGGCAGUACGUGAAGCACUUGGUGGGUAUGCGAAGGUAGUGUGGGCCAUUGGCUUACUUGCGUCAGGUCAGGCUUCGACCAUGACUGGUACUUACGCUGGUCAGUUCGUCAUGGAGGGAUUUUUGGAUAUCCGGAUUGCAGCUUGGAAGCGUGUGGCGCUUACGCGAGGAGUGGCAUUGAUCCCAGCGAUUCUCGUGGCGCUUAUCAGUCAAGAUCGACAAUUCCAGAGCGACCGCUUUAACGAGCUCCUUAAUGUACUCCAGAGUGUUCAGUUGCUUUUCGCACUUCUGCCGUUGCUCGCAUUUACCACAAGCACGAGGCUGAUGGGGCUACUUUUUGUAAAUAAUAGGUGGAUUGGAGCUCUACUCGUCGUGGGCACGGCGUUGCUUUGUGGCGUGAAUUACACGCUCGUCUACGAUAUUCUCAUCAAGAACCUCCCGGAAAAGUUAUCAACGGCAGCUUGGAUUGGUCUGGUCGUCGUGGCUGGGUUAUAUAUGACGCUGCUGCUGUACUUGCUGCUAGUAUACCCGUCCGAAACAGAUGAAGGUGUCGUAUGA